CUAGGAAUGGCAGUGAAAUUCUUGUUAUUUGCUGCUGCUGCUGCUGUCUUUGUUCCUGUUCUGGCUAUCACACAUCUCAAACUACAGAGAGCCCUCUAUAGUAAACUGGUCACAGAGUUCCAAAUCGGCCCACAAGAAGAAAUUGUCAAAGCACACAAUGCUUUAAGGAGAAAAGUGUUCCCGCCAGCCAGGAACAUGCUGAAGAUGAGUUGGAGUACAGUUGCUGCUGGAAAUGCUAGAAUCCUGGCGAGAUACUGUGAUACGUCAGAGAGUGACCCGCUUGAGAGGAGACUUAACAAUACAUUUUGUGGAGAAAAUAGGCAUUUGGACCGUUACCCCUACUCCUGGUCAAACAUAAUUGAAAUGUGGCACAAUGAGUCUAAACAUUUCAUAUAUGGAGAAUGGCCAUCCUCAGAUGAUGAAUUCGAGACAGAGCAUUACACUCAGAUGAUCUGGGCCACUUCCUAUCUUAUUGGCUGUGAUGUUGCUUGGUGUCGCAGACAAAAAGCCGCUACAUUUCUCUAUGUGUGCCACUAUUGUCACGAGGGAAAUAAUCCGUACACACUAAAUCUGCCUUAUAAGGAGGGCUUCCCAUGUGGAGACUGUCCAAAUCAUUGUGAAGAUGGACUAUGCACUAACCCCUGCCCUUACUAUGAUGAAUACAACAACUGUGAUAAGCAACUGAGACUUAGAGGAUGCUUGCAUCAAUCAGUUCUGCUGUUCUGCAAGGCUUCUUGUCUGUGUAGGACUGAAAUAAAAUAAUCUUCUCCUAUUAACUAGUGUGCCGUGAAUGCGAAGCCUGCUUUCAGGGUCAUUUAGUUCACAUUGAUGUACUGCAAUAUUUUCCCUGAAUCCCACUUGUUUAUUAUACUCAAUAGCCUAAGUUUUAAUCAUCAUUUAUUGGCAUGAAUGUAUAUUCAUCAAGACCAUGCUCCCCCUUUUUCACGAUUCAUCCUGUAGAAACACGGUUUUAGAAUUUCUUGUUGUUUCAAUGAAAGGCCAAGGGAAAUAGUUGCCUCAAAUUUAAUACAUGUGAUUUUUGGUGUGUAGGUUGUCAUAAUCUGACCAAUAACAUAACUGAGUUCUUCAUCUGUAACUUUUAAAGUGGCAUCUUUUUCAGUCGACCCCUUUUUCUAACUGUACCAUUUCCCCCUCCACCUUGAUAAUUUUCCUGGCUUGCUUUCCAAUUUUUGUCCUAAGUCAAGCAUUAAAAAUGUUCGUGAACUAAGCAAGAGUCAGGCCUCAACUCGAAGUGUGGGUAUUACUCAGCUAAGAAUGGUUUAAGUGCCUCGCUGACUCAAUCCUGUCUCCGCGUGCGUGUUUGUGAAGUGGGGAAAAUAAAAGCCAGCCUCUCUUCGGGUACCUUUCCCCCCACUUCUACUUCUCCAGGGUUUCCCCAUGUCCUCCCCUCACGCUGAACAUCCUGCUCCCAGAUUUCUGUGUUUCUUACUCCAUAACUGAAUGGAUACAAAACCUUGUCUGAAAUACCUAGCCCUUUUAUUUGACCUUAUCUUAUUACUUUAGUAGAAAAAAAUUGUGUCCUAUAAAACUGUUCUGUGAAUAAGCAGUUUUAAACA